AUGUUGAUUGUCCGCUAUCAAGGCGUUGAGAUUUCAGCCGAGAGCAUACAUUCUUCGGGCGAUGACGAGCGGACUCAUCGUGGGAAACGACGUCGAGUGUCCAAAGCCUGCGAUCGAUGUCGCCAAGGCAAACUCAAGUGCAACGGAGUGCGGCCACAGUGCGACACAUGUCUGAAGGCUGACAAGCCUUGUUCUUAUGGAAUUGAAAUUCGAAGGCGGGGGUUACGCACGGGGUACGUGCGCGCGUUAGAAUGCCUGUGGGGAUUGAUCCUCCAGUCCAUCGACGGGAGCGAGGAUGCGAUCGAGAAAUUGAUUGUCACCACGGCCAAACAGUGCUUCUGGGCUCGAGAUGAUGUCAGGGACGUCUUAAGAAUGCAAGAACAAACAGCGGAGCCUAGGGAUAAAGUUGUUAGCGAAAACAAGAGUCAGGAUCAGAAUCACAGGGCGCCAGAGACAUCUGUGCUAUCACAGCAGACGCCGCCAGAUGCAUUCCCCGAAUUGCCCCAAAAUCCGGUCCAGUUGCUGAGUCGAUAUUCUUCUCUCACCCACAGCUGGCUACCCAUUGUCGAAAGCCAUGCCGUGUGCCGGAUAUUCUUUGCCCACGGUAAGACCUCGGGUCCCCUUGGUACGACGAAGCGAGAUUCCGGAGAUAUCGCCGUUCUUUGGGCCAUUUUCGCGGUUACGAGUAGGACGGGCCACCAAGGCAACUUGGAUCUACCGUCAGCGCAUCCGGAUGAGCUCUACAUGGUAGCCAGAAAAGCUAUCCCACUAGAGAAAGAGUACAACUAUUCUCCGGGCCACGCGACCUUGAUCGCGAGCCGCAUCGGGCUCGACCAGCCGGAUUCAUGCCAGACGGACUACCAUCGACGCACCUGGCUUGGAUGUUUCGUCUUGGAUACUCUCAUCUCCGCGCAUACUGGGAAGAUACCCUGGAUUCGGUCCGACCAGGUGAAGACCCUCUUUCCGAUUGAUGAGACGGGGAACGAAGAAUGGGAGCCAUGGCAUCUUCAACACGCACUGCGGCCGAGUGUGGAAGCUGAAAUUGCGGAGUUUGCAGCUCCAAAUCACGCACUUACGACGACUCUCGAGCAGAAGGACGGCUGCAAGGAGGCAUUGACGGCCUGGAGUGACGAUCUGCCUGAACACAUUAAAGGGUUUUGUGACGAAAUGUCUCAGAAGGCAUCGGCGCCUCCGCCUCCAAAUAUGCUUAACCUACACAUCCUCCAUGCCUUUUUGCGAGAGAACCUGGUUCACUCGACCCCUCCACGGACUGGUCUACCGGAAAGCAACAACCUUAUCAAUAUCCCAACGACGGCAGUUCCAUGCAACCUAAAUCCAGGCCUAGAACAAGACCUUAACUCACUAAUCGACGUCAACAUGUCCAGGUCCUGGCCGGAUGCUGCUGCUGAGUUCUUUCCGGAAUCGCAAAAUGUACCCCAGAAUGCAAGACCAGGAAUGAUCCAGCCGAAUCCUAUUGCAGGAGCUCAAGAUGAUAUCUCGCCUUUGGACGAGUUUCCGGACGAGGCAACGCUUGGUCAGCUUAAUGACUGGGAUGAUAUAGAGAUGUACGUGCAAUGCAAUUCCCCCGCCCCAUAUCUCACAAAAGCAGAAAUGAAAGUGCUAGAUCACUAUAAGUCCAUGUCUUCAUCAUCAGAUAUGAUCGUGACCAGCUUAGACGGAAUCUGGGUUUCUUGUUCUAAUGAAUAG